AUGAUUCGUUUAUCUUUGAUGUGUUUAACUUUAAUUAGCUUAACAAUUGCCAGAAAACAUGAAACUUUUGAUGCUCCAUUUAUAAUCGACAAAAAUGGUUCUAUGUUGUUAAACAUUAAUGGAUAUAAUUAUACUUUAAAUGAUAAAUUGACUUUAACAGUGACAGAUGAAAUAUGCGAAACCGAUAUCGACUUUUCUAGACCAAAUGUAAAAGAGAAAAAUGACAAGAAAGGAAUUCGUUUAAUGAGAGUGGUAUGUGAUGAGGAAAUUGAAGGUGAUGAAAGUACAGAGAGUGUAAAAGCAACGACUAAAAAAGAGAAGAAAAAAUAAUUGAUUUUUCAAAAUGAAAAUUUCCAUUCAAUUAUUGGAUAAUUAUCUUUAUUGUUAGAUUAUAUUUUCUGGUUGUAAUUUGCAUAAACAAUUUAAUAAGAAGAAAUAAAUUGUAUUAAAUGACUUUCUAUUGUGUUCUUUGAUAGUUUUCAGUAGAUCAACAAUAAGUAUGAUCUUUGACAAUCUUCUUAAUUAUUGUUUUUUUUUUGUUGUUGUUGAGUAAUUUGUAUGAGUGUUGUAAGUCGGUAACAUAUAAUAGUGAAGGAUUAGAAAUUAGUUGAGGUUAGAUUAACAGUCUAGUUCGUGCUUACAGACUUACUAUUGUUCAACUUCUUGAUAAACAUACUGCAAUUAUGAAAUCAUAAUAAGAUGAAUGAAAUUCGGUUUAAUGUACUCAGGAACUCAUAAAAGUUAUUAGUAUCAUGAAUAAUGAAUUCAAAGAAGCGUGAAACUUGGAUUCACAGUUUCCUGUCGAUUAACUCUGAUUAUCUAAUAUGUUGAGAUAGAUCACACGACGUCGGGUCACUUAGGCUA